CGGAAUCGGCCCCGAGCGAAGGGCUGGGUGCAAGCGGUCACCCUCAGCUCUGCAUUAUUCCGAGCGGCGUGCUGAUCCGAGCCUUGCAGCUCACCACCAUCUCCGAAGCACUUGCGAUCUGUCAAAAAUAAUAAUAAAAAAAACAACUAAGACACGGCUGUAGUCAUUUUACUUACAGGGCAAGUGAGGUCUGAACCGCCGAGAAGCAUGGAUACGUUUCUGCGGGGCUGUAGCGCCGCGCUCAAGCGCAGUGAAGAGGAUGGGUCUGCAGUUCACGUUGUCCUUGGCAACGAAGCCUGUGAUCUCGACUCCAUUGUCUCUGCUAUAACCUUUGCUUACUUUCUAUUCAAGACUUCUGCAAAGACUCCCGUGACGCUGAUCCCGGUGCUGAAUAUCCCGCGCUCGGAGCUCCCCCUGCGGACCGAAGGCACGUUCUUCCUGCGGGAGAACAGCAUCGCGGAGGAGAGCUUGGUGCUGCGUGACGAGGUGGAUCUGCAUGCCCUGCACAGGACCAGCCAGCUCCUUCUCACGCUGGUGGAUCACAACGUCCUGCCAGGGGCUGACUCUGUCCUGGAGGGGGCGGUAGUGGAGGUGAUCGAUCACCGUCCCGUGGAGAGAGCGCCCUCUGCUGGCUGCGUGGUCACCUCCGAGCCCGUGGGCUCCUGUGCCACCCUGAUCGCGGAGAGAAUCGUCCGGAGCGCGCCACAGGUCCUGGAUAAGCAAGUGGCGACUCUGCUAUACGGUACAAUUGUGCUGGACUGUGUGAACAUGGCCCCUGAAGCAGGGAAGGUGACCCCCAAGGACAGGGAGCUGGUAGCCCUGCUGGAAUCCAGAUUCCCAAACCUGCCCCGGAGAGCCACGCUGUUUGAGUCCCUGCAGGGAGCAAAGUUCAACGUGGCAGGGCUGAGCACAGAGCAGGUGCUGCAGAAGGACAUGAAGGCUGUGGGAGGAGAUGAUGUCACAGUGGCCAUCAGCGGGGUCUACAUGAGACUGGAGGUGUUUUUCCAGAGGCCCGGUCUGCAGCAGGAGCUGUGCGAGUUCUGCCACAAGCAUCGCCACGCAGCGCUGGUCGCCAUGGCGAUCUCCUUCCGCGACGGCAACGAGCCCUACCGACAGAUUGCAGUGUACAGCUACAGCACCCGACUGAGGGAGCAGCUGUGUCAAGCUCUUGAAAACGCCCAGAAUCCUCAGUUGAACCUCUCCCCAAUCGCCAGCCCCUACCCCCACAUCAAAGCCUAUCACCAGGGCAACACCCAGGCCUCCCGGAAGAAGGUCCUGCCCGUCGUCAAGGAGUUCCUGAGAGAGCGGGAGAGAGCGGUGCCUGCUGGGACAGGCUGGGAGGAGCCGGAGGACCAGUUCGGUUCCUCCCGCCGCACCCCGCCUCUCGAAGAGGAGGCUCGCCACCACGGAUACUCGGCUUCCAGGCGCAGACGCCAGGCAGCAGAGGAUUCUGGGACGGAGGAGGACUGCCAGCUGCCGCCCACCCCAAUGAACAGCCUGGUGGAAGGAUGCCCGCUGGACAGCGGCCUUCCCAGACUGACCGCCGACGCCGUCUUGGAGAAAUUCAGCCGCAUGGCGAAAGAGGAGAACUGGGAGGAGCGGGAUAUGCCUGGCGGACAGUAGAGGACUCGCAGGGUUACAGCCCCCCCCUCCCCCAUCCCCCCUCCAAAAAUACCUCGUUUCCAUGACCACCAAUCCAGGGUUCUCCCUCCUUCCUCCCGGUCCCCCAUAGAUCGUCCCCCUGAGGCGAGUGAAAGGACUUUCUCUGCAAUGCCAGUUUUUCGACGGCUGUUUUUUUCCGAGCAUGCCUUGCGGCCAGCGUCCGGUUCUGCGGUUCUAUCCCAGCAUGCCUUGCGGCUAGGGCCAAGCGCAUUUCUUUACAAAACCAAAAGGAUGGACGACGCGGCUUUGCUUUUCUCUGGAUCUUUCACUUAGUAAAAAUAACAGCGGUACGAGAACGUUAAAGCAGGGAGAGACCAGCUCAGCCCCCUGUGAGGAUUCCACAUUCACGCCCACUCUGUCGCUUGACUGGUCAGUGUUUGCGACGUGCAUCCACUCAUCCACGCUUUGAACCCGGGUUCAGAGGUGCGUGGAAACGAGGUUCAGUGCGCAGGGAUGACGAGCUCUCACACCUGCCAGGGGUAACGGUAUUCUCUGUAAAGCCCUGUGAACUUUGUAGCAAGAGUGGACCCUUCGAAAACCCUUCAGAGUGGAAGCAUAGCAGAGUCUAAUAAAGCAUAGCAUGGGCAAGCACGGGCAAGCGUGGUACAGCACGCAGAGGUGCGGCGUGGUACAGCGAGUCAAGAAACGCACGGCAAGCGCUCCUGCCGUGAAACAUCUCUGCGGGAAAGCCAGACAAUACAGCUUUAACUUAUUCUUUUAUUUUGCAAUAUUACCAAAGAAUUUCUAGGUUUUAUUUAGAUUUAUAUAUAUAUAUAUAUA